GCUGAUCCUAUGUUGGGUCUGCUGGGGUUUGGAGGAGGCAUGGACUUUGACUCAGACAAGGCUUACAGAGAUGUUGCUCAUAUCAGCACAUGUGAUGAUGGUUGUAUGGCACUUGCUGAACUGCUGGGAUGGAAGGUGGAGUUGGAAGAAUUAGUGAAGCGGGAGCAUGCCAGGAUCGAUGCUCAGGACAAAGAGGGAAGGACAUGUGAGAGCAAAGAGUUUUGUGAUUGUGAGGGACUGUGUGACAUCUCUGCCCAGUUUCCUGUGUGUGUCUGCUGGAGGAGAGGAUGAAGCUGUUCUUGAGUAUAAACUCUCAUGCACAACCACAGGUUUUCAGCUGUCAAAGUCUCUUCUUUCUUUCCAUGACUUGGCUCAGCUGGUGUUCUUCUACUCUGUAACCAGAGACGUGUUGGCUCACUGUCUAAUGAUUCCUCGUUGGUUGGAAAAUGUGUCUGAGCGCACCAAAGAUCGUCUUUCUCAGCUUGAACCCCAAACCUGGCUCAGCACACCACCUGACCAGAUGUCUGAUGAAAUGACCCACAUGGAGCCAAACACUGUAAUGUGUGCCAUACAGUUGACCUCCACCAAUGGGGCAUUGUGUGUCAUCAAUCCGCUCUACCUGCAUGAACACGGCGAUGACUGGCUUUCACAUCAGACGACUCAUUUGCAGUGCACCUCACAGCCGACACAUUUUAAGCGAGAACGACGCCUCAGUUCCACUCGAACAUGGGCCGGGGCGAGCCUGAUUGGCAAACGAGCAAUUUCUUUGGACCGGGAAACUUCUAAUGGCACUACUGAGUGCUCAGGACUCGUCAGAGCUAAAUCAGAAGAUUCCCCACUAACUUCAUCAAUGUCAGCUCUCCAAGGAGGGGUUGUCCUCAGGCGCAUAAGCCAAAGUUCCACGUCCAGGCUUGCCAAGAGAGGGAGCACAGGGAACAUACUUCCUUCUACUACUGAGCUGCAGAACCGUGCCAGCCCUGGGUCUCACACCCCUCACAGAGUGUCCUGGAUCGAGGAUGGAUUCUUGCUGCCUCCACCCCAGAGGCCGUCCUCCUUGCUUCACCCUCUAUCCCCUGAGCUCGACUCGCUGUCCGUUAGCAGCAUUGAAGAAGAGCUGGAGGAUCAGUCGCCAAGCUCAGCGGCGCACCACCCAUCGGCCCAUCGGCUGGCCGGCAAAGUCAUACAACGCCUCUCAGCGGUGGGCCAGGCUCUUGGGAGCUUGGUGUGUCAGAAGAAGAGGCUGACCCACCGUGUGCUGGAUCUGAGCGAGAAGAAACAUGGGUCCUUUGCAGAGGCUGUAAGACAAUUUGUAGAGGCGACGCUGCAGAAAGCUCCUGAUCCUGGUGGCUUGAGUGGGUCUGAGUUCUUACAAGAAGUGAGAUCUUCACUUACGUCGCUGAGGGAGACUCUCUUGGACUACCCUGACAUCCAAGCACUCCUGGAUAGUAUGACUGACCUUAGUGACUCAGAAAUAGACUCGCUGGUGGAGAUCUCAGUGCAUAAGGUGGCCCUAAAGCCUGUUUCAGCUCAUAUCUACUCUUGCCUACACGUGUGGCGCACCACUGACAGCAGUCUGCAACGACUGGAGAACAACCAGCGUGUUCUGGAAGACAACGGUGUGGAGGCACUCGGAGCGACAGCUGGAAUUGGCGUUCCUGACUCCGUCACCCUUGAACGGAUUCAACAAAGGUGGAUGAGUAUGCAUACGGCCUACUCCCCAAACAAAAAGGUCCAUAUACUGCUCAAAAUCUGCAAGACUAUCUACCACAGCAUGAGUACCAAUGCCAGCUCAGAUGUGGUGUUUGGAGCUGAUGAUUUUCUGCCUGUCUUAACGUGGGUGCUUUUACGUAGUCAGCUGGUUAACUUGCAGCUAGACACGGAUUACAUGAUGGAGCUGCUGGACCCAACACAGCUGCAGGGAGAAGGUGGCUACUACCUCACCACCUUGUACGCCGCCCUCUACUACAUCAGCAGCUUCCAGCCACGCCUGGCUGCCCGUCAGCUUAGCAUUGAAGCCCAACACUCUCUCAGCCAAUGGCAUCGCAGGCGCACCAUGCACGACAACCAAUCCCGCCACAGUACACGCCGACGGACCAUUCGCAGACAGGCGUCUCCUGAAAAAUCUGCACAGGCUUCGGACGUUGAGAGUGGGGCUUUUGAAGAAAGUGGGAAGGAUGAACAACACCAGGAGACAGAAAGCAGCACAAAGGCUGAUGGAGAAGACACUGAGCAGCAGGAUGGACAACGUGAUGAUUGCGCUUCGGGCGAAGAGGAAAGGACAUAACAUUAAAAAUGUAACAAUUGAUUGGGGAUUACAAAAAUGGUCCAGUUAUCCAUUAAAAUACUCAAAUUAUAAAUCUAUACUGCGCUCAGCCUUAUCUACCACACAGAUAAGGCUCAAAGACCACAAGAAAGAAGAGAGAUAAAGAUAUCGAUUUAAGCGCAGGAAAACCCCUCCACAGACUUCACAACUCGAGAAAUCUCACUUUGGUGACUGUAAUAUAAAGCAUGCAAGCCUAACUUGAGUUUUUCACAUCCAACUACAAAACCAAAUCAACCCUUACAUGCUCUUAAUUUCACACACACACAUUUUUUGCUGGUAAAUUUAGAAAUGGGACAAGAAUACUGUAUCCUCUUCAUCAUUUUCUGCUGCAUAUAAAAUCUUCAACUACUGUUCUUUUCAAACUGAAGUGAGUGCGGCUGUUUCGAUGUGCCCUGCGAUUAGCUGGCAACCAGUCAGGGUGUACCCCGACUCCUGCCCGUUGACAACUGGGAUAGGUUCCAGCACUCCCGUGGCCCUCGUGAAGAUAAGCGGCCAAGAAAAUGGAUGGAUAGGAAGAAGAUGCAGUUUUUAAAAAAAAAUAAUGAAGCAUCCAGAGACUAAAGCUUGCAUCGUGUCAACUGUCUUGGAACAUUGCAAUGGCCCAAAAUCACUAAAAUGCCUCAGUGAUGUCGCUGAAAUCUUGUGUCCUGAAAACAAAUCUUAAACAAAUGCUAUCAGACCUGUCACACACUGAACAGAGACUAUUGGACAUUAACACGGCUACUGAUUCACAGGCGCACACAGACCUCGAACCAUGUGAGUUUUUUAGUGCUGCAUUAGAUGGGAUUUAUGACACCCAAGACUUAGUUGAACUGAUCAUUUAUCUGUGCAAGAGAGCACAGAGUUUAUUUUUUUUUAUUUCUGACCUGUGGCCUUGGUACUCUGAUGGAUGUGGUGAGGGAGGACAUGAAGACUGUGGGUGUUAGUGAGGGAGCUGCACGGCUUAGAUGGAAAAAGACGACACGCUGUGGCGACCCCUAAUCAGGACAAGAUAAAAGGAAAAGAAGAAGAAGAGGACUUUGGUACUGUGUAAGAGUCAAUUUUUCUUAUUAUGUUAACAUUUACUAUAAAUCUGGCUGAGCAAAGGUCCAUAUAAGGAGGGAAUGAUGUUCAUGUGUAUGAUGUGGCUCUUUGGCCCACCCUACACUACACUAUUUAAUCCAUUUUUGACGCACGGUGGAUCAGCUGGAAAGCAUUGGCUUCACAGUUCUGAGGUCCAGGGUUCAAUCCCGGACCCGCCUGUGUGUAGUUUGCACGUUCUCCCCGUGCCUGCGUGGGUUUUUUUCAGGCACUCCAGUUUCCUCCCACAUCCCAAAAACAUGCAACAUUAAUUGGACACUCUAAAUUGCCCCUAGGUGUUAUUGUGAGCGUGACUGUUUCUCUCGAUGUGCCCUGCGAUUGGCUGCCAACCAGUUCAGGGUGUACCCUGCCUCCUGCCCGUUGACAGCUGGGAUAGGCUCCAGCACUCCCGCGCUCUCAUGAGGAUCAGCGACUAAGAAAAUGGUUGGAUGGAUGGAAUGUUAUUUCAGAAGUGUGUGUCAAAGUGGUAACACUGUACUAAUCGGUGCUGAAAAGUUAGCGCUAUUUCAAAAGCUGUCAAGGAUGUGUAUACCCUUGGACUGGUCACCAGUAAAUUGCAGGACAAGCAACCAUUCAAACCAAUACUGUAUGUGCCGUUUGGACUAGUCCACAACUAAGCCGCCAUGUUUUGGGAAUUUGAGAGAAAGUUGAACAGCUCAGUGAAAACCCACACAGAACAUGCAAACCCCACAAAGGAGGCCCUGAGUCCAAAUUCACGAGUGCGCUUUAUUGUUGUGUGCUCCAUGAGCUCAAAUCACAAAUGGAAUAAUUAAACUACAUUAGAAAUUUUGGGGGCGAAUAAUAGCAAUGAUCAUGGAGCUCCGGAGUUCUUUCUUAAGAGAUGAAUCCAUCAGUUCAUUUAGGAUCUCCGAUUUGUAUACUACAUUAUACUGUAUAGUUGAUGAGGACAACAGCCGAAACAUCAAUAAGUCAUUGUUCAGCUCAACUGAUUUAAAAAAAUGAAGAAAUAAGCCCAGUGUUACAAUUUCAAGCAUGUAUAUGACCUCAUUGAAGUAGAUGAUUAAACUACUCAAGUCCAUCCCACCUGUUGCACUUUUUGUUUUCAAAAGACUGAUUGUAAAAAUUUGCAUGUUUCAAAAUGAAAGUGGCAGCAGGUGACAUGAUGUCGCGGUUGUGAAGUGCAAAGCUGCUGUUCCUUCCGCUGUUGUUGACCUGACUUGGAGGUCAAUAAAAAAGAACAAAAGAGCACAUUCACUAGCAGCGAAGGCACCUUUGAAGCUAUUACAAGAAAAAUGAUUGAACAUGUGACUUGGUCGGGGACACAUAGAGCCAUGAGGACAUUGAGAAAUAUUGAGAGUAAAACCGACUUUAAGCUUGGAAAAGACAUUAUUGAUAAACUUUUACAGAGCAGCAGUAAUAUUACAACUACUAGAGUGCCUUAGCAAGCUUACACAUGCAGUUGAGGGAUGGCCCAGGUACUGUAUCCUACUUGCUAUGGGGGAAUUUGCAGUACUGACAAACAGGAAGCGAGUAGUGUGUUGGAAGUUGUACCCACACAAGUACUAUAUGUAUGUACUAUAUGUAUGUUGAUGCUGAAAUCAGGACCAGAUGUGACCUAAAAAAAAGAAUAAAAGCAGACCUGAAAAACCUCAUUGAAGGGUUAGGGUUACUUUGUACACUUCUCUUUAAACAUCUGUAGUUAUGUUAGUAACAUAUUACCAUCCUUAUUCACAACACCAAACUUUCAAAACUGUCAGCAUUUGAAUUUUGUUAUUCAUGACAAAGUCAUCAACACCAAUUUUAUAACCAAGAUACUUGACGGAUGCAGUU